UCCCUGGUAGAUUUUUGACAUUUCUCAUAAGUGGCAGGUUUGUUUUUGUUGUGAUAAAAAAAUUUGCAAAAAUUGUACAAAUAUCAACUACAACUGCACUGGAUCGCUCAUUUCUUAAAUUUAGAAAACAUUUUUUAAUCACAAACUCCACGAUAAUAUAUAUAUAUAGUCAUGUAAGAAGACCAAUGAAGACGCACAAUUUUGAGGUUAUGUUGUACCUAUUCAAAAUACUUUGUUGUUAAGCCAUCAAAUUAACCAUUUCCAUAUUCAAAUGACCUCAAAUCAUAACCAUUCUGCUACAUCUCGCUCAGAUCCCAGCGACAAAGCCCUCAGAACCCAUCGGAGCUCAGUCACCAGAUUUCACCCAUACCAUGGCGAAAACAUUAUUUUAACUGAAGAUAACACAGUAGCAUAUCGUAAAAAAAGUUUUCAGAAUGCUCUUACGUUCAGUGAGCGGCCGUUAUUACCUGGAGAGAUUUUUUUAGUUGAGAUUGAAGCAAACGAAAGAGGAUGGAGUGGACACAUGCGUUUAGGCUUGACACAGCUGAGUCCUUUGAUGAUCAGCAGGAACGGGGAGAUGCCUCAGUACGCACUGCCCGAUUUAGUGGAGAGCUACAACAGGGGCACUUCCUGGAUCUACGGAAUCAGUAAAGCUCACAAUAAAGCGUUUGAAUGUAAAACGUCUGGGAAGGAGAAGCCGAAAAUUUUAGGGGAUAAUCACUCAAUUAGGACUAGGUUUGGGAAUGUACCAAUGGGGCUGUUGAAACCGACGAGAUCUGAUACCGAGGAUAUUUUACCAACGGAUGUGGGGAGCAGGAUUGGGGUGAUGUACUUGCCAACUAAUGCUUAUGAAGCAGACAUGCACUAUAUAAUAAAUGGAGAGGAUCAAGGGGUUUGCGUUAAACACAUUCCAUACAUGAAUGCACCGCUGUAUGUGGUUGUUGAUGUUUAUGGCACUACGAAGAAGGUGCGGAUUGUGCAGUUGUAUGGAGUUCCUACGUUGCAGGCGGCUUGUCGGGACGCUAUUCUUUCCCACAUAACGAAAACGGCGGUGUCGGCAUUACCUUUACCCAAUCUUCUAAAAAAGUAUCUUUUGUAUCAAUUGUAAUUUAAGUGGAUGAGGAAUCUCAUAAACGUGCUAACUAUCUCUAAUUUGGUUUAAGUACUGUUAGUGUGUAUUUAUUUAGAUGAAUAUAUUUUUUUUGCUAUA